AGGUUAUGUCGCAAAUAGACAAAAACAUACCCGCAACAUGAAACCUAAAACUGCUUGAAUUGCGUUAACAAAAGAUAUUAUAAGUCGGUUUAGUGGAAAAAUUUUAGUGUCGUCUGUGUUAAGGGAAUACUCUUCUAUCUUAUAAGAAAAAUAGUUUGGAUCAGAAGAAGAACAGCUGACUUUGAAGUUAACGUUCUAUAGAUUAGGAACAAUGGCGACUCAAAAUCACUCCCCUGAUGGGGGAACGAUAGAAAAGAAACUGGAACGUAUCGAGGCACAGAACAAUGCAAUCAUCCAUGCGCUGCAGAAAAAAAACAAGAAACACAUUUUCAUGGGUUUGGAAGAUGAGAAUGAAGAAAGAGGAAACUGGUCUGGAAGAUUUGAUUUCUUUCUCAGUUGCCUUGGUUACGCCGUCGGCUUGGGUAACGUUUGGCGUUUCCCCUAUCUCUGCUACAAGAAUGGCGGUGGUGCGUUCUUUAUCCCGUACGUGAUUUUUCUGGUGUUUGUCGGAAUGCCAAUCUUCAUGUUAGAGUUGUCACUGGGUCAGUUCUCGAGCAGUGGUCCUCUUACAUGCUGGAAAUACGCCCCACUCUUCCAAGGUGUUGGUGUUGGUAUGGUUGUAGUGUCAGCCUUGGUCGCAAUCUACUACAACAUGAUUAUCGGGUGGGCACUGUACUAUCUGUUCGCUUCCUUCACCAGUGAACUCCCCUGGGAGAGCUGUGACCUGAAAUGGGCUACCCCAAUGUGUUUGGACUUCAUUGAAAAAGUUGCAAAUGCCAGUUAUUGUCAAGGCCUUCAUAUAAACUUUACCGCUGGGACAUGUCUCAACAGGACGACAGGAGCAUUAUCUAAGAUUUUCGAUCUUGCAUUGGCAAAAGAUCAUGGAAUAGAGAGAAAAUUGCCGUCAGAGGAAUAUUUUGAACGUGAAGCUACUGGUAGUGCACACAGCGGCGGCCUUGAUGACUUAGGUCCAAUGCGAUGGCAGAUGGUAUUAUGUUAUCUGCUAGCUUUUAUUCUGGUAUGCUUGGCACUCAGCAAGUCCAUCAAAUCUUCUGGAAAGGUUGUAUAUUUCACAGCCACUUUCCCAUACGUUGUGCUAAUAAUUUUAUUUGUCCGAGGACUGAUGUUGGAUGGGUACAAAGAAGGCAUAGAGUUUUACAUAACACCGAAAGUUGAGAAACUUUCUGAUUCUGUAAUCUGGAAGGACGCCGCUGUUCAGAUUUUCUUCUCUCUGUCCGCAUCCUGGGGUGGACUAAUCGCCUUGUCAAGUUACAACCGUUUCCAUAAUGACUGUCUCCGGGACGCCGUAGCUGUUUCACUGGGAAAUUGUAUCACCAGCGUAUUCGCUGGUUUUGUUAUAUUCUCCUACCUCGGCAAUUUGUCUUAUGAGCUUGGAGUGCCCAUUGAAGAUGUUGCUAAAAGUGGACCUUCGCUUGCAUUUGUUGUGUAUCCGUACGCCGUGACGUUACUUCCGGCAGCGCCAUUUUGGGCUAUCAUUUUCUUUCUUAUGCUGAUUACAUUAGGCGUUGACUCAGAGUUUGUGCUGGUAGAAACAUGUGUAACGGCACUGAUGGAUCGCUUCCCCAAACUACGCGAGUUCAAGCUUCUCACAGUCAUGGCGCUUUGCACUGUGUUUUUCCUGCUUGGACUCACUCUCACAACAGACGGCGGUAUAUACAUGUUGGAGGUGAUGGACACAUAUUCUGGAGGAUGGAAUAUCCUGUUUAUUGCUAUAUGCGAGUGUAUAUCUCUGUGUUACGUGUAUGGUAUUCGCAGAUUCCUUGUGGACAUAGAGACGAUGCUUGGAUACAAGGUUUGCGGGUUCUGUCCCUUUGUCGCAUGCAAAUACUGGUGGGCGCUGAACUGGUGUAUCAUCACACCUGUACUCGUCGCGGCGACCAUGGUAUUUUCCUGGGUCAAGUACGCUGACCUGGAGGGCGAGAAGUAUCCGGAGUGGUCGGAUGCCCUCGGAUGGCUUAUGACCUUGACCGUUAUUGUAUCCAUCAUUGGAGGAGCAAUCCUCGCCAUCUGUACAGGAGAAGGCAGUUUCAGGGAUAAACUUCGCCAAGCAACUACACCAACAGUUGAGUGGGGUCCUGCUCUUGUAAAACACAGGCAGUUGGUCGCUAAAUAUGUACCAGGCUUUGUUGUUGAUCCGUGGGGCACUGGCCAAGGCACUGUAAAACCUCAGGACAUCAUUUUACAGAAUAAUCCGGAUCAGUAUGCGCAAGAUUAUGAUAAUGCCCAAGGGUAUCCGGCAAAACAAAAGGUUUAUGUUGCAUAAGGAACAAUUCUCUGCUGACAACAUGUAUCUACCAGCUUACGUAGAAGAAGUUAAAAUGUAACAUUUUAGUAAGGAUGUAGACCACGGAUUAUUCUUUAUAUACUGUUUGCAAUACGUUUCACGUACGUUAUAUUCGGAGACAAAAGUAGCAUAUUACAGUCCCGUUGUGUAUAUAUGUAGUCAUGAGAACGAAAUGAUCGGAUAUUGAUUAAAAUAAAUAUCAUAUAUUAUAAAUGAAUAUGAAUACUACACUAAUGGUUUUAAUGUUCUCUUACUUAUUAAUAUCUGACUAACCCAUUUGUAUCGAUAUUGAAGAUUGAAUUUAUAUGUUUGCUUAUUACUUGGUUCAAAUUGUCAUACUCAGCGCGUUUUUAUUUAAAAAAAAGAACAUGAAGAGUUUUAAUACAGUAUUCCUUAUAUAAAUCGCUGGUCCAUACUUGAAGAAAAAAAUAUGAAAAUUUGUUUCUAUGAAUGGCUCAUUCGGACAUUGGACAAUAUUUUUUUUUCUAUCGAAUAGGCAAAUUUAUCGAUUUUCCGAUAGACCGAUGUUACUAAAAGUUGGAGUGUAUAUUUUGCUUAGUCUAGGCGUGUUUGUACAGGUAACACCAACUGCACUUUAUUUUAGUACAACUCACUUAUCGCACAGGGGUCGUUUUCAUGAAGCGUAGGCUGUUUUACGAACGUUACUUUAAGUAGAUUUAUUUUAACUAUUCGGCUAUUCCUACAAUUUGAGCCGAUGAAAAUUAGGCAGAUGUGUCAUAAAAUGUAUGUUACUUAAAAAAAAAAUGAUGCAAGCUAUAUCAUAUAAAAUCAAUGUGUUUUAACUGUUCAUAUAGGAUGUUUCAGUGUCAAACAGGUCUCAUGUGUUUGCAGAGAAUUGCGUCAUUUUCAAUUAAAUGUUUACAUUAUUCUGUAUUGUUGUGCAUAUGUGUUUUAUGUAAGUUUAUGUAUACUGAUAGCUGAGAUUCAAAAUGAGUUCAUUGGUAAAGUAAUAUAUACUUUUUACAUAUUGUAUUUUAUUUAUCUAAGUAUAUUUUAUCGAAAUUCACGCGCAUAUAGGCAUGUAACUUGAAAAAACCUGCAUGGCAUGGAAAAUGCGCCUGACAUCGUUUGUUAUGCAUUAUGCAAAAGGCUAGAAAAUUACACAACAGAGGGCUUUCAAACAGAUCUAAACAGCUGUAAAUUAUUUGUUUGUGUCAUUCAGAGGUUGUUCCAAUGUCAAAAGCAUUCUCUAAUGGUCUGCAAGUGACACCUCAAUUCAAAGUGACAUUCCAGUUGAUUAAAAGUGGCAUUCGAAAGACAAUCAGAAAGAGUGCAGCAUCUUGCUCUUACUAACCAUUUAUAUUUCAUAGCAAGAAACAGGCAGUUAUACUCGUUACAUCUCAAAGAGAUGUUAUAAACUAAUUAUAUUGUGUUGAUCAUUAGAGAAAUGUUGAAUCACUACACAACGAAACAAUCAUUACACAAGGGUUAUUCAAUAAAUAGUGCACCUACAAAAUGUAUCGUUUUGUUAUUUAAAUCUGAUUGAAUAAAAAUUUAUUAAUUGUCGUCAGACUGCUCCACGACUAGUACUUAAAUUUCGUCAAUGUUUUCAUACGAGUUACGAAUUUAUAUUCCGUAAACAUAAACAAAUAGUUCCUAGCUUGACACUUUAUUGAUGUGUAAAAUGAAUAAUAGUGUGCAGUGUUUUUGAAGCAUAUUUUUCUUUUAUAUUUUUCUUCAAGAGAGUUCGCUGUAACAUGUUUGAUACAAUAUUUUCAUGUACCAAUUGAAUAAUUUUGAAUAUAUUUAGAAAACGAGACUGCAUUGCUAAAAAUUCAAAAGAACUUCUGAACGCCUUGUUUUUGAAAAUAUGGAAAUAAAUAAGUUAUUGCAUUUAUAUAAAGUGUUGGCAACUUAAAGUUUUUUCAGUAAAUGUGAGCAAGAUCUGGUGUAUGUGAGCUGGACCUGGUGUAUGUGUAACACUAAUUCGUUUCGGAAAUGUACAUACACGGAAUUUGUUCAAAUUUUAAGGAUGCUGCAUUACAUUUAAAUUAAUCCACCCUCGAAAAGUGACAAGCACAACAGUUUUAUGCUAGAAUAGUCUAAAUGGAAGUUUAAUUAUAUGAAUGUAUGUAUAUCCAGGAUUCUUAUUAGCCAGAUGUUAUCUUUCAGAUCUGCUGACACAUUUUGCUCAGAGCAGUGUAUAUUUUUAUGCCCCCGAAGGGAGGCAAAUUAGUUUUCAACUGUCCAUCCGUUCGUUCGUCACAACGUUCGUUCCUUCGUCACAACGUUAACUUUUUGCAUGAAGGCACUUUACUCGCAAACCACUGCACCCAGGACCUUCAAACUUCACAUGCUGAUAGUACUUAUUGAGUACACGACCCCUACUGACAAUGGGGUCACCAAAUCAAUUAAAGGUCCAGGUCACAGGGACCAAUGUUAACUUUUUGCAUGAAGGCACUUUACUCGCGAACCACUGCACCCAGGACCUUCAAACUUCACAUGCUGAUAGUACUUAUUGAGUACACGACCCCUACUGACAAUGGGGUCACUAGGUCAAAGAUCAAGGUCAUAGGGGCCAAUGUUAAUUUUUUGCAUUAAGGCACUUAACUCACGAACCACUGCGCCCAGAACCUUCAAACUUCACAUGCUGAUAGUACUUAUUGAGUACACGACUCUUACUGACAUUGGGGUUACCAGGUCAAAGGUCAAGGUCACAGGGGCCAAUGUUAACUUUUUGCAUGAAGGCACUUUACUCGCAAACCACUGCACCCAGGACCUUCAAACUUCACAGGCUGAUAGUUAUUUUUGAGUACACGACUCUACUGACUGGGAUCACUAGGUCAAUGGUCAAGGUAACAUGGGCCAAUGUUAACUUUUUGCAUGAAGGCACUUUUCUCGCGAAACACUGCACUCAGGACCUUCAAACUUCACAUGCCGGUAGUACUUAUUGAGUGCACAACCCCUACUGACUUUGGGGUCACCAGGUCAAAGGUCAAGGCGUUGCGGGGGGCAUUUGUCACCAUUAGUGUCAGCUCUUGUUUAUAGAUAUUUUAGAUGUUGUUUAUAUCACAUUUGUUUAUGAAUAUUUUUGACAAAUAUUAAUUUUACAAAAAUAACUUUUGGGGGAAGUGGCUAUUUUGAUUUUGUAACAAAAUAAACAAUUUAUGAUUG